AUGGUUCUCGUCCGAACGUCAAUCUUGGUCAUGGCCACCACUGGUCUCUUUGACCUAACCGGCGCUGCUGCCAUCGCACCGGUAACUGGUCAGGGAAUUCAACUCCCAGCUUCAUCCGUCCAGCAAGUGCAAAAGACUCCUCUCACCGACAUGGUCGCCGAUUUUACUGCCAAGGAGAUCAAGCAGCGAGAGAACGCAGUCCAUCGUUGCUACCCACCCUCACCCGCCGUUGACCCUACUCCCUCGGCUGAGGAUUGUCAGGGCUCAAUCAACAAGCUCCAGGCCGUUCAGGACGACAUCGUGGUGAAGCUAGUCGAGGGCUGUUACGAGACUUGGAACGGAAAUUGCACAGCGUCUGUCUGUCCUCAGAAGGACGGAACCUCCACCAUCUCACCUUCUGUCGCCGCUCAGUUCAUGAUCGAUUCUGUCAUGACUGAGUGUAUCUCGAAAGGUCUCCGAGGAUGGUACCUGGACCGAAGCUACGGCAUCGGUAACAAGGACGGCUGCUACACGUACGUGCACAUGCAAAGUCCUCGCGACGCCGACAUGUUCGAGGACUUCUGCAAGGACAAACUGCCUGACGACGAGAUCUACGUGCCGCCGCACCACCAACCUAUCAACCCCGAGGACGAGGACGACGUAGUGCCCGACCAACACGCCGCCUUUGGUAUACAGAAGGCUACUCAGCGGAGCAAAGAACCUGCUUGGAAAGACUUGGGUCUAGCUGAGCUCAUGGGGAAAGGCCCCGCGUCGGGAAAGGUCGGAGGGACUAGUAGAGGUGGAAGUCGCGGUCCUAAGGUGUAUCAAGGACUGCCACGAUGAAGCCGUAAUGGGCAUGCUUGUGGGGAGGUGCAAAUAACUUCGUACUUUAAUGGAUGGGCGGCAUGAUAGGCGUAUAAGGGUAUCUAUGGUCGGAAUCGGAGUCAACGUGGUAUUGGUUGGGUGUAGUGUUACUGUUUUUGGACCACACAUUGCGAAUGGAUCUGCCACGGUUCUGAUAAUGCCAAACCUCGCUUCUAUCCCGUGAUAUCGUGCCUCUGUGAAAUGUGAAUCUACCCGAACCCUCCCAUCAAUCGCCCCGAACGCCAUGCAAUGCUAGAACGACCACGCCUCAACUUUUCACCUGUCGUGACAACGUCGAAUAUCUUAGCCCUUCCCUAGAAAGCCCUCCCUCUCCAUAACCUCAGGCGCGAACUUAAGCAGGAAGACCGUCCGACCAGGCCACAUCUCGCCCUCCUCCUGCUUACCGACGCUGUGCGCGGUGACCCUGGCGGGGAAGGCGGAGCCGUCGCAGACGCCCUCGAUGAUGCCGGCGACGUAGGCGGCGCAGUUGAGCUGGCUCAUGUCCUUGGGCACGCUGAUGUAGCGGUUGACGAGCG